AUGGACUAUCCAGAAGGCGCCUCGCAACAUGAUUCUCCACAGGAGAUGAUGUACCCGGACAUUGACGAGACCAUGCAGUAUCCGUGGCCGCCUAGCCAGCAUGAGCAUGGCCUGUCUCAGAUUCCGGUAGACCCUGCUAUCGAUCCGAGACUGUACAGCGACCCUUUUGCUGGUAACAUAGCAGAUGGGUUGCAGCAGGACACGUUAAGUGACUACAGGUCGUCCCCUAGGAAACCUCGAAGACAGUCCGAAACCUUCGAGGACGGCGAUUAUUCAUCUGAAGAUCCUACGUACGACGUCUCCGAGGAAGAUGAAAGCUCAACCGAUGAGGAGAUGUCUGAGGCCGACGAUGUUGCGGACGAGGACUCUGACGAUGAGUACGCAAGACGGCGCCGUCGCAGACGCGGUGGGCGUUUCUCUGGUCGAUUUGGAGCUCGCGGAGGGAAGGGCAUCAAAAGAGGGCCACGCAGGCCGCUCGAACCAAGUCCAGAAUUCAAACUAUUGCAUUCAGAGGCGACAUCAGCCUUCAUUGAUGGAGACUACGAUCGAGCCAUCCAGCUCGUGAAACAAGCUAUCCAGAUCAACCCGGAGAUGUUUGCUGCCCAUUCGCUUCUUUCUGAGAUCCUCCUGGCUCAGGGCGAAAAGGACAAGGCCUUGACGGCUCUGUUCAGCGGAGCCCAUACCCGUCCAAAGGACACGGGUGUAUGGAUGAAGGUUGCAAGGCUGAUUCUGGACCGUGCUGGUGAAGACCGCCAAGCAGCCUUGAACGAUGUGAUCUACUGCUACAGUCGCGUUAUCGAGAUAGACCCGAAAAACUAUAACGCCCGUUUCCAAAGAGCUGCUAUCUAUCGGGAACUGGGUUACAAUGGCAGAGCUGCUACGGAAUACGAGAGGAUUCUAAAGGAGCUCCUCCCUCAUAACACGAGGGCCUUGCGCCACCUUGCUGAGGUCUACAUCGAUCUAAAUGAGAUUCAAAAGGCAGUGGAUCAUUACGCAGAGAGCGUCCAGUACUACAUGUCUCUCGAUCCAGAAGAGGCCGUAGACUUUUCGUGGUCAGACGUGAACAUCUAUGUGGAACUAUUUACCUUUUUAGGAAGACACGAGGAAGGGUUACGGACUCUGAAGUCUCUGUCGAGGUGGCUCCUAGGGCGCAAGGGUGAUAAAUUGUGGGAAUGUUUCCAGGACGAUGACCGCGAAUGGGAUGCACAUGACUUGCCUCGCCGGAUAAAGACUGAGGAUUAUGACCCCGAUGUUUACCCUCCAGACUCAUACGGACUAGGUCUUCCCUUGGAACUGCGAAUAAAGAUGGGGAUGUUUCGACUAAGGAUGGGGUCGGAACACAAAGACGAAGCGCUGCAUCACUUUCAGUGGCUAAAUCCUGAGGACACAUCCCCUGGAUCCCGGCUUUACGACUACGGUGACCUCUUUCGUGAGGUCGCUGACGCACUCAAAGACGUUGGCUUGAUCGAAGACGCUCUGCGCUUUUACGAACCACUACAGCAAACCGAAGAAUAUGCAGAUAUCGGAUUCUUCAUGGCAAUGGGCGAGUGCUACAUGGCCUGUGACAGGAUUGAAGAAGCGGAAAAUUGCUUCCUGACCGUCGCUGAACACGAUCCGAAACAUGUUGCUUCGCGAGUUAAUCUCGCCAAACUGUAUGAGAAUAUCGGGAUGACAGAACAGGCCUUCAAAUAUGUGAAUGAGGCAGUGUUGCUAGGACGGCAGGAGACGCGCAGUAUCAGACGGAGAAAAAGACGAGAUAAUAGGUUGGGCCAGUUGGCAAGGGGACUCAUGUCCACGCAUAUCGAUGGGGAAACACCAACUUACAGGAGUAUUGCUCCGAAGGAGGUUCCCCAAGAAGCCCCUGCCGCCCUCAUGACAGCCCCUACAGCCGCUGCAGCCCGAAAGCGAAUGCGGCAGGAGGAUCUGGAAGGAGAAGGAACCGAACAUAUCCGUUUUCUCUAUUCUAAAAUGAUGGACCUACGGCAGCAGAUGAGAGAAGGCAACAUGGAUGCUACAGAAGAUUGGCUGGAUAUCGCGGAUGCAUUGCUGUGGGAAUUUCGAUCCAAUCGAAUUUUCUACCCCAUGCAGCGAAAUGCGGUCUUUAUGGGAUAUACCAGGGAAGGCCAACGAAGCGCAGGCAAGGGCAAAACGAUGAUGGACGAAAUGAGAGAGAUGGCUGGCCGUCUCCAAGAGUCACUCGGAAAUGUUGCGGAAGAACCUUUGCAAACGGCAAUUCCUACUGAUUACCAUGGAAUCUCAUUCGACGAAUGGCUCGACAUAUUCCUCGAGUACGCGUUGGUUGUCGCGGGGCAAGGCGAAUCUGAGGAAGCAUACGAUACCCUCUCUGCGGCAGCAGAUGCCAGUGUCUGGUAUCAUUCAAAACCAAGUAGCCGUCAAAUACACGUCUGCUGGUUCACAUGUGCCCUUAGAUUGCGGGACGAAGAAACGCUCGUGAAUGAAGCUCGUUGGUUUAUCAAAGAGUAUCAAUUCGUUACCGAUACUUAUCGCCUAUUUUCAAUGCUCGGGCGAGUUUGUAGCGACCCUCAUAAAUCCCUCUUCCAUUCUUCCCCCAGCAUGAAAUUCAUGCUGCGGCAGGUCAAAGCCUUGGACUACAGCCUACCCCACGAUCCCACAGCGUCAGUGUCUACUCCUCUCAGACGAACUAGACAAUCUGUGUUUGGAGAUCGCGCUGCCAUCUCGCGCGACGAAUUGGGCGAGACCGUUCUGCCUGAGGAGAUGGACGUCGCCUUGCUCGUCCUCUACGGCCACAUCCUCUACUCCGGUAACAGUUUCUACCCAGCGCUGAACUACUUCUUCCGCGCAUACGCUUUGGAUGAUGAAAACCCAGCAGUCCUCCUCUCCAUCGCUCUCUGCUACAUCAACCAUUCCAUGAAACGCCAGUCCGAAAAUCGGCACUACCUGAUUAUGCAGGGGCUAUCAUUCAUGCAAGAGUACCGCCGCGUACGGGAGAAAGAAGGCACAUUGAUCCAAGAGCGGCAGGAAAUGGAAUUCAACUUUGCCCGCGUCUACCACUCUCUAGGCCUAGCACACCUCGCCGUCGAGGGCUACAAGAGAGUCCUCACAAUCGGUGAGCAGAUUCGAUCUAUGCAGGCACCGUCAAAACCCGAACACCAGCCUGAACCCUCCGAGGACCAUGACGUCGCAAUGGAGGACGAGGCAGAAACAAACGGAACCACAACCCCGCGUCGCCACGACCAGCCCGACCGCAAGAAUAUCGAGGACUUCUCAAGCGAGGCGGCAAUGGCGCUACAAACGAUCUACGCGCUCAGUGGCGACCUACUCGCCGCCAAGGAAGUCACUGAGAAAUGGCUUGUCAUAUGA